AAAGCCAGAGAGGCAGGUAGUCUCCAGCUCUGCUUCCAACAAGAAAGGGGACUGGAUGGAGUGGGGAUGGACCGCCACAGGAUUGGAGGAUUGUUGCUCUCGGUGUGGCCCAUCGCCAAGCCCAUAUGUCUUUAUAUAGUGUAAACACACGAGGGGACGGUCCUGUGUGCUCAUCCACUCUGCUGAGCACUCAACUUCGUCCAGCAUCUUCCACUUGACCUCACCUCUGCUCUCCUCACGCCAUGGCCGCGUCGAGCCAUCUCCUCUCGCUCUUGCUGGUCCUCCUCGUGGGGAGCCUCGUGACCGAGGCGACUUACUACCGGCCCCACCGCUACUUCCCGCACUUUAUCCGCUUCCGCCAGCCUCCCGCCCACAUGGAAAACCACCUCCCGGAGGUCGCGAACCCGGCGCCCGGUCCCCGGCACCCCGGCGUGCCGAGGUAUCCCGUCAUCCCCCACAUCAUCGACGCGACACCCGAAGACAUCCAGACCAUACCGGAGGCUAUCCACCCGGAGCCCGAAGUCGUCCACCCGGCGCCCGAAGUCGUCCGAUCGGCGCCCGAGUCUCACUACCGAUCGGCGCCUCGAGUCAACUUGACCCGGGUCUUCUACGGUGUCAUGUUCGACGCGGGCAGCACCGGCACCAGGAUCCACAUCUAUAAAUUCAUUCAGAAAGACCCAGUUGAGCUGCCAGUUCUGGACAACGAAAUGUACCAUGCAGUGAAACCUGGACUUUCUGCUUAUAAAGACAACCCUGAGGAAGGCGGCAACACAGUGCGUCAGUUGCUGAAGAUAGCCAAGAAAACCGUGCCAGAGGAGGAGUGGAGGAGGACCCCGGUGGUCCUGAAGGCCACGGCGGGCCUGCGCCUGCUGCCCGAGGACAAAGCCUGCGCUCUUUUGAACGAGGUGCGACAUGUUUUUCACGAGUCUCCCUUCUAUGUGCCAAGCAACAGUGUCACCAUUAUGAAUGGAACAAAUGAAGGAGUCCUGGCCUGGGUCACGGUGAACUUCCUUACAGGCCACUUGUAUUCCAACACAAAGAGGACAGUGGGCAUCCUGGACUUGGGAGGAGGCUCUACACAAAUCACCUUUCUUCCCAAGUCAAAGAAAACUGUUGAAUCUGCUCCCCAUAGUUACAUUGCCAAAUUCAACUUGUUCAAUAGUACAUAUCAGCUCUACACACACAGCUACCUUGGAAAUGGACUGUAUGCGGCUCGGUUGGCAACUCUCGGAGCACUGGGAGCUGAUGGUCUCGAAUGGAAAGUCUUCACCAGUUCCUGCCUCCCAAAGAAGUUCCGAGAAGAAGUGACUUUUGGUGGAACCACUUACAAAGUCAGCGGAGUUCCAGAUGGCUACGCGGGCUACAAGCUGUGCUACUACGAGGUGAUGAAGGUCAUCAAGGGAAUCGUGCAUCAGCCUUAUGAGGUGAAAGGCAGCAGUGUGUUCUACGCUUUCUCCUACUACUUUGACAGAGCUGUGGAGUCGGGCCUCAUUGAUGACAGCCGAGGCGGCGCAAUCGAAGUCAGGGAUUUCAAGAAGCGAGCCAAAGAGGUGUGCAACAAAAUGACCCAAUACCGUGCCAUCAGCCCCUUCCUGUGCAUGGACAUGACGUACAUCACCUGCUUGCUCAAGGAGGGCUUCGGCUUCAAGGACAACACCGUGCUGCAGCUGGCCAAGAAGGUGAACAACGUGGAGACCAGUUGGGCCUUGGGCGCCACCUUCGACUACUUCAGGAACCUCAACAUCCACUAAGGGCAGCUCAAGGGCAACGCAGUCAGCACUGAGAGGGACAUUUUUGUCACUGCGGGGCUUCCCUCCCUCACAGACACACCCAGUUUCAUCCUGCCCACCCUCCUCAUCAGCCGGCAAACACUACCAGAGCGGUUUAAGACAAAAAACAACAACAAAAAAAAAAAUCACUAUAUUUUUAUAAGGCCAGCUAUUUCUACUGUACGUUGAGCCCAUGACUGCUGGGCUGACUUUAUUUUUGUCAAGCAUCUUUUUGGGUUACUAACGGGUGUUUGGAAACGUGUCCUCACCUUGCUGUCCAGUGUGCGGGGCCUAGUUUGUAGUCACGGUGGUUUGACCGCCGCCCGGUUGUGGGCCGUGCCGUACAAAACGGCGUCAUGGAAGUCUCGCUAAAGUCACUUAUGUCUUAACGCUUUCUCUAUUGUAGGCGCAAACAAUUUCAUGGAGAAAUUUCUUUGAACGAGGUCGAUGGGGCGGUUAACGAGCACCCGGCUUCUGCCAUUCAGUUUUGCACGCAACACUUUAAUUGUAGACAACGUAGCCAAUCAUCAUGACUCGGGAGGUCAAAGUUCACUCUCCCACAGAACGAGCGUGUGUGUGUGUGUGUGUGUGUGUGUGUGUGUGUGUGUGUGUGUGUGUGUGGCCAGCUGCCACACGCGCGAAAUGAAUGCUUGUCCUUUAACGUUCCCUGGACUGAACAGUCAGCGUCGAUGGUGGCGAAAUUGCAAAGCAGCCGUAGAACAACCUCUCAUCAGGUGUAGUUAACAACAUUAAGCUGAACUAAACGCAAAUGAUCAACCGCAGGAUAAAGAUGUGGCUUUUAAAAGCUGCGGGGAUGUCGCUGAUUCUUCAAAAGCAUUCAUCGAUAUUUCCUGAUGCUUUUCUUGUGAACUGUACAAAUAUUUAAAUACCAGAAAAUCUCUCUAAUGUAUUUAACAAUGUUUAUUUUGGGCUUUUACCCCGGAAUGCGCUUUCAACACUUUUACCCGACUGUCUUCUCACAGUAUACAAAACGCUCUGUUGUAUAUAUGCCAGUUACACUUCCCAAGAAGCGCUUUCAAAUGCAAGAUACCCCCAAAACAUUUUAUGGCACAGUUGCUCAAGAUGCUCAUUAGUUGAUUCACCUCAUGCUUUUCGUAUGUAAAUUGUUUAAUUUUUUAUUUCGUGAAAUGCUCGUUGUACUAAAACCUCCAAGUGUGUGAAUAUGUUCCCUCCUUGUAGUAAAUAAAUAAAAAACAUUUCAUUGA